AUGAAACAAUUAGAGGAAGGUUACACUGUCCUGAAUUUAGGUGAUCCUAUUCGACCGGAGAGAGAAAUAUCGACUAUUAAAAGCGUUUCAGAAGCGUUACUGAUUACUAAAAAGCAAAAUAAAAGACAUGGAUCGAACACUGAACUUGGACCAGUCGACCUUCAGUCCAGAUCCAGCAAUAUCAUGGAGAACAUGGCAGCGUCUUCUCUGUUCUUCGUCAUUCUGCUUUGUCUUCCAAGUCUCAUUCCUUCCGUUUAUCUGGAAAAACAAAAAAACAUAUUUGAAGAUAAGAUUGAAAUAUGUAAUUAUCUAAACAUAUCUGGCAACUUAGAUGAAGAUACAUUCAAUGAUCUAAUUAGUAGCAAAGAAAAUAGAACACAUAAACCUAUUCUUCAAGCUGCAUUCGAAGGACGUUUAAAUAUAAUAAAGUAUCUGAUACGAUUCGGUGUAGAUAUUAAUUCUCAAAGUGAUUCUGGUCUAACGGCGCUUCAUGUAGCGAUUCUAAAAGGAUAUCUAGACUUAUUCACAUUUCUUGUCUCGAAAAAUGCCAAUCUCGAACUCAAAGACACCAGGGGAGAGACACCUUUGCACCUGGCUGUCAUGUAUAGUAAUCUGAAUAUGGUAAAAAUGUUAAUACAUCAAGGUGUUAAUGUAAACGCCCUGACAUCAGAAAAUAAAACAGCACUGGACUUGGCAGCCUGUACGGGAAACGACUUAAUUUUCGAAUUUAUUUUAAAGACGAAUGGUAAGCUUAACUCUAUGAACCGAGAUUGUGACAUCGAUGGUCCAAUACAUUGUGCAGUUGUAAAUCGAUCCCGAUACAUUGUCAACGCCUUACUAAAUUUGGGAACUGAUAUAAAUGAAAAGGGUUACAAAGGUAGGACUGCUUUACAUAUAGCCGCAGAGAUAGGAAACGAGGACAUGGUAAAAUUUCUCUUGAUGAAAAAUGCCACAAUAGAUGAGAAAGAUAUAUUCGGUUCUGAGCCAAUUCAUUACGCAGCGAACAAUGGUUGGUUCAAUAUCAUUACAACAUUUUUAGAUCAUGGAGUUGAUGUUAAUGUAAAAGGUGAGAAUGGAAUGACUGCUUUACACCUGGCCGCGAAGAAUGGAGACCUAAAUCUAGUAGAACUUCUUUUGGCCAUAAAUGCAAGUACAAAUAUAAAAGAUAACAACGGAACACUGCCAGUACAAUUCGCGAUUGAUCAACGCCAUAUUUGUUUACUCAAACUGUUUUUUGAACAUGGAUCGGAUGUUAACACUAAAGGAACAAAUGGGAAGACAGCAUUACAUCUAGCUGCGUGGGAGGGAGAUCAAGGUUUGGUUGAAUAUCUUUUGGCUAAUAAUGCAAGUACAAACACAAAAGAUCACAACGAAACACUGCCAAUAGAAUUCGCGAUUUACCAAGGGCAUAUAAAUCUAUUGAUGAUGUUUUUUGAGCAUGGAUCUGAUGUUAACAGCAAAGGAACAAAAGGGUUGAAUAUCUGUAAUUUUCCUAGGUCGUGGAUAGAAGAAUUACUAUUUCAAAUGUCAAAUGAAGAUGACAAUAACUGUAAACUUCCACAACAAUGCAUGAAAAAUCUUAGAGCAAGAGAAAAACAUAAGGUUGUAAAAGACCACAGUUUUGACAAAAACUUACAUGUAGAAGGAAUGGCAGCCAUACAUUUAGCGGCUGCGACAGGAAAGGAGGAUUUAGUCAAGUUCCUUAUAGAGAAAGAUGCCAAUCUCAGAGCCAAAGACUAUCAUCAGGUCGACAUUGAUGCCAAAGAUUCACGAGAUUGUAGUGCCCUCCAUUUAGCGACUCAGACAGGUAGUGCUGAACUGGUGAGUUGCCUAAUAUCAAAUAAUGCUACAGUAAACAUAAAAGACGAAUAUGACUCCACACCCUUGCAUCAUGCGGCUGAAUGUGGUUACAUCGAUGUGGUUAGUCUUUUAUUGGAUAAUGGAGCCAAUAUCAAUAUGGGCGAUGUAAAGGGUUCAAGUUCUCUUCAUUUAGCUGCGAAAUUAGGUAGCGAACAAGUGAUGGUCCUUCUGAUAUCAAACAAUGCCACCAUAAACAUAAAAGAUGACUACGGCUCUCCACCGAUCCAUUAUGCGGCUGAGUGUGAUCAUAUCAAUGCGAUAAACGUAUUGCUAAAUUAUAAAGCCAAUAUCGAAGACACGGAUGGAACUGGAAAAACCGCUCUUCAUUUAGCUGCUAAACAAGGAAGCGGAGAAUUGGUAAACUUUCUUAUGCUGAAAAAUGCAACAGUAAAUGUAAAAGACGAUUAUGGCUCUGAACCGAUACAUUAUGCUGCUCAAUAUCGUGCAAUUAACGUGAUAAGUAUUCUCCUAGGUCAUGGAGCCAAUAUCGACGAUGCGGAUGGGAAAGGGAAAACUGCCCUUCAUUUAGCUGUUGAACAAUGUAGUAAAGAAUUAUUAAAGUUUCUAACAUCGAAAAAUGCUAACGUAAACAUUAAAGACCAGCAUGGUUCUGCACCGAUACAUUAUGCAGUCCAAUAUGACUGUGAUAUCAAUGUGUACAGUAUUUUGCUGAAUCAUGGAGCUGAUAUCGAUGUUGGAAAUGUCAAGGGAAGAGUAGCUCUUCAUUUAGCUGCUGAACAAGGAACUCAAAAUUCGGUAGUCUUUCUAAUAUUAAAUAAUGCCACCGUAAACAUAAAAGACAACCACGGUUCUGCGCCGAUACAUAUUGCGGCCAUUCGUGGUGAUGUCAAUGUAAUAAAUAUUCUGCUGGAUCAUGGAGGCAAUAUCGAUGCAAGGGAUGCAAAAGGAAGAACCGCUCUUCAUUUGGCUGCUGAGCAGGGUAGUGAAGCAUUGGUGAAUUUCCUAAUUUCAAAAAAUGCUACCAUGACAAUAAAAGACAAUAAAGGUUCUGCCCCUAUACACUACGCUACGAAAAAUAAAAAUGUGGAUGUCCUAAAUGUUUUUAUAAAUCAUGGGGUCGACAUCAACGAGAUAGGAGCCAGGGGUUGGACAGCUAUCCACAUGGCAAUUGAAAAUGAAAAUGAAAAUUUAGUUACAUUUUUAAUAUCGAAAAAUGCUAGACUCGACAUAAAUGAUAAAUGGGGUGCCGUUCCUUUUCAAAUAGCAAUUGAUAGAGAGAACGUUAAUCUGAUAAAGGCUCUAUUACAAUCUGGAACCGAAGUUGAUGCUAACCUCAAAGGAAAGAAAGGGCUCACAGCACUUCACAUCGCUGCUUAUUAUGGUAGCGAAGAACUAGUGAACAUACUGAUAUCAAAAAAUGCCAGUUUAGAAGUGAAAGAUAACCAUGGUGGUAGACCAUUACAUUAUGCCGUUCUAAGGAACUACAUAGGCAUAUUAAAAAUAUUGCUACGCAACGGUGCCGAUGUUAAUGCAAGAGGAAAACAUGGCGUAACAUGUUUACACCUUGCAGCAGGAGAUGUAAAAGAGGAAAUGGUACAAUUGCUCUUGUCAAACAACGCUAGCCUAGAGAUCAAAGACAUUAUGGGUUCGCAGCCUUUACAUUAUGCAUUUUUUGGUCACAGUAUUGAUGUCAUUAAGAUUAUGGUUGAGCACGGAGCUAAUCUCAGUGCCAGAGGUUAUAGUGAUCUAACUCCAAUUCAUUUUGCUGCCGAGAUGGGUGAUCUAGAUGUUUUGAAUUAUCUAUUUUCUAAAAAUAUUAGCUUCGAUGUUAAAGACAACAGAGAAAAUGAGCCCAUACAUCGAGCACUUUUGAGAAAGCAUCCUAAGGAAGAGGUAGUUAAAACUCUUCUUAAUCAUGGAACUGAUGUCAAUGCCAAAGGCACAUUGGGUUUUACACCACUUCAUAUAGCCGCAGAGAAAGGUUUAUAUGAUGCUGUAAAAUUGUUACUCUCAAGAAAUGCUGAUCCUAAUGUCAUGAGCUAUAACGGCCGGACGCCUCUAGAAUUAGCCACUCAGUUCGGUAGUUUAGACAUCGUCAAAAUACUUCUUGAUCACGGGGCAAAAGUCGAAGACCGCAGUUUCCUCGGAUCGCAGGCUCUUUUCCUGGCCGUUGAGAACAGAUCUUUGGAGUUUACAUGGUUACUUCUUGAAAAAACAGACAAAUUUGAAGAAUAUCCUACAAAUAUCCUCAAUUUCGCAAUUAGUAAAGGUUCAUUGGAUAAAGUAAAAUUAUUAACAUCGUACGGAGCAGAUGUUGAAUCCGUAGACAUUUAUGGUAAUUAUCCUCUCUCGACUGCUGUGAUAUCUGGUAAUAGCGAUAUAGUAAAAAUAGUUAUAGAGAUGGAGGUGAAAAAGAAUAGAUCGAAAAAGGAUUUUAAAAACUUCUUGGAUGUAACUUCUUCGAUUCGAUUAAUCUCUUUUAAUAAAAACUCAACCGAACGUCACAUCAUGAGUGCUUUACAAAUUGCUUGUUACCAUGGAUAUGUGAAUUCGGCAAGACUGCUAACUUCUUAUGGCUCUUCUUUAGAUACCAGGGAUGAAAGAAAUUACGCCUCUCUCCAUUACGCCUGUAUAUCUGGUCAGGAAGAAAUUGUGAAAUUACUAUUAAAUGCUGGUGCUGACAAAGAUACAUUUGAUGUCGAUGGUGUGACUCCAUUACACAUUGCCUCCAAAAAUGGAUUCAAUGAAAUAGUCAGUAUUUUACUUCUAGAUCCGGUAGCUUCUGUUAAUUUAGUAGACAAUAGAGGAUACACUGCUCUUCACGAUGCAGCAAUUAUGGGGCAUGGGAAUAUAGUAAUACAGUUACUGAAGGCCGUGUCUAACAAAGACGCUAUUGAUAAAAACCUCAGAACUCCUUUAAUAUUCGCUUCUAUGGAAGGCCAUACUGAUGUUGUAAAACUAUUAUUAAACACUGUAAGCAAUAAAGAAGCUGCCGACAUCCACUAUAUGACACCCUUACACUUCGCUUCUAAAGAGGGGCACUCCGACAUAGUGGAUCUCUUACUGGAGUAUGGGUCUGAGAUAGACAGCAGAAACGAAAACGGAAGUACCCCAAUGCAUUUGGCUUGCGAAAAAAUUAUAGACGAAAAAAGAAACACAAAUUCCAUCAUCAGUAUUAAAACUAAGAUCGUAGAAAUCAUUAUAACGUCUGGUGGCUAUGUUGAAGCUAUUGAUAUGUUCGAUAGGACUCCUUUGCACAUAGCUUCGCGAGAUGGUUAUGCAACUAUUGUGGAUUUAAUAUUAUCUCACCAAGUUAACCCUGACAGAACUCCUGACAAAUUUGGUUGGUUGCCUCUACAUUAUGCUGCGGACCAAGGUCAUGAUGAUGUUGUUCGAAAGUUAAUUUGGAAAGGAGCAAAUCCUGAAGCACCUAACAAUAAUUUGGAAACUGCUUUGAUUUUGUCUUCAAGGAAUGGUCACUUGGAAGUUGUAAGAUUUUUAAUUUCCACAGCAGAUUUGGAUAAAAUCGAUCUCAAAGGCAGAAUAGCUUUACACUACGCCUCCAUGAAUGGUCACACAUCAGUGGUUAAGUUGCUUAUAAAAGGUUUAACGAACAAAGACAUGGAAGACAAGUGGGGAUUCACUCCAUUGCAUUACGCAGCUUCUUGGAGAGGCCACCAGGACAGUAUAGGAUAUUUAUCGAAAUCCUGGAUGGAAAUAACAUUUUCAGAAUAUUAUGAAAUGUCCAAUCCUUAUAAGUGA